CCCUUUUCCAAGCCAUCACUGGACCGCUCCACCGCCGUGCCGCCGUCGCCUCUCCCACUCUUUUAGUCCUCAGACAUCUCCGCGGAAAAAGGAAAGGAGCAACAUCACCAUGCUCUACCAACGGACACGCCCAGCACUCGCAAGGCUCAUCGCCCGCCGUGGUCUCGCCACCCCCGCAUCCCUCCCCGUCAAGGACUGCUCCUCCAUUACCCCUCCCUACCCCCGCCUUCUCGACACUCUCAACAAUGUCCGCAGCGUCCUCGGCAAGGAUCGCAAGCUCACUCUCGCUGAGAAGAUCCUCUAUGCCCACCUCCGCAACCCAGAGGAGUCGCUCGGCGGCGGUGGCCAGGUACGCGGCGAGCGCUACCUCAAGCUCCGCCCUGACCGUGUAGCCAUGCAGGACGCGUCUGCGCAGAUGGCUUUGCUGCAGUUCAUGACGUGCGGGCUGUCCGAGUGCGCCGUGCCAGCCUCGAUCCAUUGCGACCAUCUUAUCCAGGCGCAGACCGGCGCCGCCGAGGAUCUUCCCCGUUCGAUCGAGAAUAACAAGGAAGUGUUUGAUUUCCUCGAGUCGGCAGGCAAGAAGUACGGUAUCGAGUUCUGGAAGCCAGGAUCGGGUAUUAUCCACCAGAUUGUUCUUGAGAACUACGCAGCACCCGGCCUUCUCAUGCUCGGUACCGAUUCGCAUACCCCCAAUGCAGGUGGUCUCGGCAUGCUCGCCAUCGGUGUUGGUGGCGCCGACGCCGUUGAUGCGCUCACCGAUACCCCAUGGGAGCUCAAGGCGCCCCUCAUCACCGGUGUCAAGCUCACCGGUCAGCUGAGCGGCUGGGCUACUCCCAAGGACCUUAUCCUCCACCUCGCUGGCAAGCUCACCGUUCGCGGCGGAACUGGCCGCAUCCUCGAGUACUUCGGUCCCGGUGUUGAGGCCCAGUCCUGCACCGGUCUCGCGACUAUCGCAAACAUGGGUGCCGAGGUUGGCGCCACUACCUCGACCUUCCCUUACUCGGCGAACAUGCGCGAGUACCUCAAGGCCACUGGCCGUGCCCCUGUCGCUGCGGCGGCGGACCAGGCUGCCCAGGCUGGUUUCCUUGCUGCCGACGAGGGCGCCGAGUUCGACGAGCUUAUCGAGAUCAACCUCUCCGAGCUUGAGCCUCAGCUCAACGGCCCCUUCACGCCCGACCUUGCCACCCCACUCUCCAAGUUUGGGUCGUUCAUCAGCGAGAACAAGUUUCCCAGCACUCUCUCGGCUGCGGCCAUUGGCUCUUGCACCAACUCGUCGUACGAGGACAUGUCCCGCGUCGCGUCCAUCGCCGAGCAGGCCAAGGCUGCUGGUCUGUCCUCCAAGGUGCCUUUCCUCGUCACUCCCGGCUCUGAAAUGAUCCGCGCCACCAUCGAGCGCGACGGCCUCCAGGGCACGCUCGAGAGUGUCGGCGCCACCGUCCUUGCCAACGCAUGCGGGCCCUGUAUCGGCCAGUGGAAGCGUGACGACAAGCAGGGCGAGGACAACGCCAUUCUCACCUCGUUUAACCGUAACUUCAAGGCGCGCAAUGACGGCAACCUGAAGACGAUGAACUUCCUCGCUUCUCCUGAGAUUGUCACCGCCAUGGCCUUCUCCGGUGACCUCAACUUCAACCCCAUGACCGACUCAAUCGAAACCCCCAACGGGCCGUUCAAGUUCCAGCCUCCCUCGGGCGACCGCCUCCCUCCCCAGGGCUACACCGGCGGAGACCUUUCGUUCGCGCCUACCCCGUCGCCCAAGCCCGUCCCAGAGACUGAGAUUGCCAUCUCGCCCACAUCAACUCGUCUCGAGAUCCUUGAGCCGUUCGGCACCGCCUUCGCUGAUGGGCCCGCCGAGCUCCCUGAGCUAACCUGUUUGCUCCGCGUCCGCGGCAAGUGCACCACCGACCACAUCAGUGCCGCCGGUGCUUGGCUCAAGUACAAGGGCCACCUCUCCAACAUUUCAGAGAACACGCUUAUGACCGCGGUCAAUGACGAGGGUGGCGAGAUCAACGUUGCCCGUGACGCCGAGGGCGAGGAUACCAUUCCCCACAUUAUGCAGCGCUACAAGAAGCGCGGAGAGCCAUGGAUGCUCGUCGUUGACGACAACUACGGCGAGGGAUCUGCUCGUGAGCACGCUGCUCUCCAGCCCCGCUUCUACGGCUGUGGUCUCAUUCUCGCGCGCUCCUUCGCCCGCAUCCACGAGACCAACCUCAAGAAGCAGGGCAUUCUCCCCCUUUGGCUCUCGGACAAGGCCGAUUACGCGAAGAUCUCGGCCGGAGACAAGGUCCAGACGGAGGGCCUCAAGGACCUCCUUGCAGGCAAGGCGGACGCACAGAUUCGCCUCAAGGUCACCAAGCCCUCGGGCGAGGUCGACUACGUGCCGACCAAGCACACGAUGAGCGUUGACCAGCUCAACUGGCUCCGCGCUGGCUCCGCCCUCAACUACAUAGGGGAACAGGCCCGUGCUGCUGGAGCCGCAUAGACAUGGAAUUGUAGAGGGCUGCUUGGCUGCUGUCGGCCUGCCAGGCGCCCGACCGGGAUUGUAGCAUUUGGACUGCAUGCAUAUGGGAUCAGCUGUCG